CACCUUUGCCUCUUCCUCCUCAACCAUCCACUAUCCAAAUCUUCACUGUCUUCUAGCAUCAGAACCUCGAAGCCCCGUCUACUCGAAUAUCUGUUCAAGGUAUCCCCUCAAGGCUUCUUGUUUCUCCUAUACUUGCUGUCUUGGCUGCUUGAGCUGUUGUUGCUUCUCUUCCCUCUUGGAACCUUCACCACGUCACAACAGUUCAAGCUUCAACUUGCCAUUGCCAGAUCCACUCCUAGCUGAAAGGCUUCACAACCAGGACCAUACUUCUACAUCUCUUCUUGAGCUACUCAAAGCUGCCUGAUCACAUUGUAAGUCACCAUAGGCUCAACUAUUCCCGCCAUGUUCCCAGCCGUGCCCUCUUUGCACGCAGUCGUCGUUGCUAAUCCGCUUCUCAGAUGGAAAAUUAUCGUACACCCAAGGGAAAGGUCGAAGGGAUCGAUUUCAUGGGCAAGAGCAAGUCUUUCGACGACUUGCACGCGUCCACCGACGACGGUACUAGCUCGGGCGCCAAUGUGUCCUCUGCAAGCUCCACGACCGGCUUGCAAGUCCCUCCUCGUGGAUCAUCAAUCAACUUCGCCGGUCGAAGCAAGAAAUCUCGAAUCAAGCCUGAUCAGAACCUUCGAGCGGCUCGCUCAUUUUCCCCAUCGAAGACUUUUCCAGCAGAAAAUCGCUACACCAAGCAGCGCAACAUGGAGCACGCGCGCUACGCAAAUUCGGAAAACUCGGGCACUACUUCGUCCCAUGCUCAUGGCGGCGCCCACGACCCCUUCGUAGAUCCCGGUGACAACGACAGCAGCGAGCGCACCUUCGAAAACGAGAACUCAGACGAAGGAUACCAGGUCGUCCGUUCCCGUGGAAAUACCCACGAGAUGCCGCCUGGCACUUCCCUGGACGCGCAGACGAUCUACCGUCCUUCGGCUUGUGCCUUUGUAGCCAACCUCAACCGCGAGGAAUCUGUCGACACCCUCAGGGUAGAAGUGACCCGAGCCUUUACACGCUUUGGCACGGUCUUCGUCAAGAUCCGUCGUGAUCCCCACAAGGGCAACCCGUAUGCGUUCUGCCAGUUCACGACUGACGAAGCCAUGGAGACAGCUCUGGCCCGUGGCCGAGGGUUGUAUAUCUGCGACCGCCCCUGCCGCAUCGAGCGGGCCAACGCCAACUGCAAGUGGGUCGUCAUCGAUGCCCUGAACUCGCGCAUCACUCCGCGCGAUGCCAUCGAGGUACGCGAUCUCAUGCGGAACUUUGGCGAGAUCUUUGAGGUCGAGCGCCUGUCAUCCCGUCAGAAACGCCAGCUCGACGUGGUUGACGGACUCCUCGUCAUCUUCAAGCGUUUUGAGAAGGGACGGGAUGUCAAGUCUCUCCAGCUUUCACUUGGAAAACGAUACCAGAUCCAGCUCUAUGAGUCUCGCGCCGACUCUUACGCUCGCCGCGCACUGGAUCCCAUGGAGCAGUACGAGCAGGACUCGCGUUCCGCUUGGGUCGGCAACUUGGCUGGAGGUGUCACCGAGCUCGAGCUCGAGAACGAGUUCGAAUGCUUCGGCCAAGUAUACCAGGUCGACCUGCGCCAGAAAAUUUGGUUUGACGACGACGGCCGCCCGAUUCCCGGCCGGGAGGGCGCAUUCGCUUUCAUCGUGUUCCUGUCCCCUGAUGCAGUCGACCGCGCAAUCGAAGGAAUGAAAGGCCGCACACUUACAGUACGCCGCCGCGAGUCUCGCGCUUUCGAGGGCACGGGCGGUUAUCGCGCCCCCAACGCCGCUCGAACUGCUGGGAACCGUCCGGUUAACGCGAUUGCUGGGCCGUCCACCUUUCCGAACACCAUGCCGGCUACGCCACCCUCUACACGCUCUCGUCGCUUUGACGAGUCCCGCUCUGGUGGCUAUGGCACUGCUGUCCUGACGCCCCCUUCUCUGGGCGCCUCGCGGAUUCAGUCAGCUCGCCAGGACAAUGCUAUCACUGCAACAACGCCUUCACACGGUCCACGUGCGACGGCUUCCUCGCGAAGGUACUCAACCCUUGAUUCUAGAAGGACGCGCGGGUCUGUGUCUCGCUCUUCCCGAGGCGACGUUCGAGACGCCUUCCCUGCUCUCGUUGAGGAGCGGGAUCGCAACACUGAAUCCAAGGGAAAGACGCCAAACCGUCUAGCUCAAGUGGAGUCUGCUCCCAAUGUUGCCUCUUCUGAGGAGCCGACUGCGACUUCAGCGACAGUCACUGCCAAUCCACGUGCCCAGGAAAUAGUCCAGGAGACGGGCCAUGAGGCCACGAAUUUGCCUGGUAGUUUCCCUGGUCCUCCUGCGCUGCAGCAGUACGGCAUCAUGCCUGGACAGGGUGGUUUCAUCCCAUUGGAUCUCUACCAGCACCUCAUCAUGAGCGGUUGGCUGCCGCCUUACCCCGGUCCUCCACCUCCUCCUCCUCAGUAAUGAGGCAUCGACGGUUCUCAACGAGUAGUACCCUUGGGAUCACCAGGGCUUGAUCUAUCGCUUCAUUUUUGCUGGACUCACUUUUCACACACUCAUUCACGAUUUCCUUUGUCUAGUUACCUGGACUUACCUUCCACACACUCAUUUACGAUUUCCUUUGUCUAGUUACUAGACCAGUAUGUUCUUGGCUUUGCCGUUUGUAUCUCCUUCAAGAGGUGGCCUUUCGUCCGUUAUAUAGGCUGGUUUCCGCAUUUGCUUCGGUUGUCAGAGUAGAAAAUCAAAACACAGACAUAAGGGGAGAUGUACCCCAACAAAACGUGCUCCCUCGUGAGGUCGCGACGUGAUG